CACCAAUCUUGCGAGUGAACGAGCUGGAGCUAGGUUGUGCCAAGUCGAGAAAGGGCAAUGUCUCAAACGACCUGAUUUGACUUUGCUCAUUUCGCCCAAGGUCCUCCAGCCAUCCCCAUUGUCCUACCUUCCUCGGGAACGGUUGUUGUGUCAAAUUUCCUUCUUUCUCUUUUUUCUUCUCUCUUUCCCAUCUUUUCGUUGCUAGGAACUAAUCGUUAAUUCGAGAUCUUUCCAUUCCGCAUUCCGCCUUCCAUACUUUUAGUGGAGGUGUUCUGGACUGGAAUCGGCCGUUGCGGUCUGUUUACACGCGACUCGAACUGGAGCUUCUUCCGUUCCCGAAAAUAUAGGCUUAAAAGACGGGAGCUCCACCAUCACGAGGAGCUUCACCUUUCCCCAGGACCCUGAUUUCCACAUCAACAACAGACGACUCGCCGACUCGAGUACUCGACGACAAACCCGCGACGAUGAGCGGGCCACAGUAUGGCGCCCAGCCGGGUGGCUACUACAACAACAACUACCCUCCUCCUCCGCCCAACUCGUACCAGAUGAACCCCAUGCCGAACGAUGGUAACUACGGUCAGCAACCGCAGCAGUAUGGAAAUGGUUAUGGAAAUGGGUCCGGGUAUGCUCCGCCUCAGGGACCGCCGCCGAACGGGUACAAACCCCCGCCGACCGAUGGUUACGGCGGCCCCCCGCCGUCGUACGAUGAAGUGUUCAAGGUCCAGAAGCCCAAGUACAACGAUUGGUGGGCCGGACUUUUGUUCCUGGCUACCGUUGCUGGGUUCGUCGCGGUGUCGGCUAUUAGUCUUCAUGGUUAUGCCGACAACAGAAGUCAAAACAAUGGCAGCCUCAACGGUCAACGCAACACCUUCGGUCUCACCACCCACACCAUCUACCUCUUCGUCUGGGUCCUGAUCUGCGCCAUCGUCCUCAGCUACGCCUACAUGUGGAUGGCCCGCAAGUUCACCAAGCAAUUCAUCUACGCCACCGGCAUCCUCAACAUCGUCAUGGGCCUGGUCACUGCUUUGUAUAUGUUAUCUCGCAAGUACUAUUCCGGUGGCAUCGUCUUUUUAAUAUUCGUCGUCCUCCAAGCCCUCUUUUUCUGGUCCUGCCGGUCGCGCAUCCCCUUUUCGACUUUGAUGCUCCAAACCGCCAUCGACGUCGCCAAAGUCCACGGGCACGUCUACCUCGUCUCCGCCGUCGGCGGCCUCAUCGGAACCUUAUUCGCCGCCUACUGGGCCAUCACCCUCGUAGCCGUGUACGUCAAGUUCGAGCCGGACCCGAACAACGCCGCCUGCCGCACCGCCGGCGGGUGUUCCUCGGGCAAAGUCAUCGGCCUGAUCGUCUUCAUCACCUUCGCCGGCUACUGGAUCUCCGAAUGGCUGAAGAACACCAUCCACACCACCGUCGCGGGCAUUUAUGGGUCGUGGUACUUCAACAGCCGCAACUACCCCACCAAGGUAACCCGCGGCGCGCUCAAGCGCUCGCUCACUUACUCGUUCGGCUCUAUUUCGCUGGGUUCCCUCUUCAUCGCCAUCAUCAACCUCAUCCGCCAACUCGCCCAGGCUGCUCAACAAAACGCCGCGCAGGAGGGCGACAUCCUCGGAACCAUCCUCUGGUGCAUCUUCGGCUGUCUGAUCGGCAUCUUGGACUGGCUCGUCGAGUUCAUCAACCGCUACGCCUUCUGCCACAUUGCGCUGUACGGAAAAGCUUACUUCGCCGCGGCGAAAGAUACCUGGAAGAUGGUCAAAGAGCGGGGGAUCGACGCUCUCAUCAACGAGUGUCUUAUCGGCCCUGUGCUAACCUUUGGCGCUACUUUUGUCGCUUAUGCCUGUGGCUUGAUUGCGUAUUUGUACAUGGUUUACACAAAGCCGGCGUAUAAUGAUGGAGGAGGAUACACGCCGGUGGUGGUGGCGUUUGCGUUCUUGAUUGGACUGCAGGUGUGUAAUGUGUUUACGACGCCGCUUACCAGUGGCAUUGACACGAUUUUUGUGGCGACGGCGUGGGAUCCCGAGGUGUUGAUGAGGGAUCAUCCGGAUUUGUAUCACAGGAUGGUGGCAGUUUAUCCGCAUGUUCAGGAGGCUAUUCAUGCUUGAUUGGUUGGCCUCCUAGGAGGUGGAUGGGAAAUA